AGUCAGUUGUUCACUGAGUGUUAAUUCUCAGUUACUGAUGCUGUUCGUUUUCUUGUUGUUGGUAGUACCUGUUCUAGGCUUGAAAAACACCAAUGUGACUCGUACGAUACGCUUUAAAGGAAACAUUGUAAAGAUACAUCAUGAUAUUCUACUGAGUGAAACACCUGCUAAGUACCAACUUGUCAUUGAAGAAAGAGAAUGGAAACAUCUGUCCUUCAUCGGUGCAUCGUGUGGAGACCUGAAGUCAUCGCGGAAAGUCCCUGUAAAGCCAACAACCGGUAUGCCUUAUACGUACUCUAUAGAUCUUGGAAAACCGUCGACCGAACAAAUUCAUUUGUUUGUGGACAUUGUAUUAACUGAAUUGUUAGAACCAAGACCUGCUGAGAUUUAUCAAGCUGAUAAGCAGUUCGUCAAGUUUAGUGGCAAUGCUUACUUUUAUUCCCCGUAUCUGACUGACAAUCAGCUAACGUACAUUCACUUGCCAAAGGGUCAACUUCUAACUCACACUGCUACGUCAAUCCCACCUGUCAUAAAUGGAAAUAAUUUAGUCUAUGGUACUUACGAAAGCCGUCCAGCCUUCUCGACGGAGCCACUUGUCCUACAUUUCGAGUAUUACGUUCCAUUCCUCACGGUCACUGAUAUGACUCGUCUCAUCGAAGUAUCGCAUUGGGGAAAUAUUGCUGUUGAAGAAACGCUUGAAAUCGUGAACACGGGUGCGAAGUUGCGUGGUUCGUUUUCUCGUUUGGAUUUUGAUUAUGGAGUUGGACAACAGGUAGCAGUCAACUCCCUUAAGACAGUUCUACCACCAUCUGCAAAGGACAUUUACUAUCGCGAUGAGAUUGGCAAUAUAAGCACAAGCACAGUCAAAAACCUGCUAGAUUCCGUGGAGGUGACUCUCGUUCCGCGCUUCCCGUUGAUGGGUGGAUGGAAAACGCGCUACACAAUAGGAUACAACAUCCCAGCCUAUGAGUUCCUCUAUCACAGUGGUUCUAAGUUUGUUCUUGUAAUGCCGUUCAUUGACCGUGUUUACAAGGAUCAAUUCAUUCGCAACUUAACGCUGAAAAUUGUUCUCCCCGAGACUUCUGACGAUAUUCAGUUCGAAACACCUUUUCCAGUUCAUGAACAGCAUUUUGAAAAUUUGAAAACAUACUUAGACACAUCAGGCCGAACCGUUAUUGUCUGCAAAGCUGCAAAUCUUGUCGAUGAACACAUUCAAGAUUUCAAGGUAAAAACUUGUGUGUAUAUAUGUAUAUCUAUAUGUAUAAGGACAGUUCUCUUCUCACGAAUAUUCACGUUCUCCAAAUGAGUAUUUUUAUUUAUUUAUUUAAACAAACGUUGGUACAAGAAGGCAUCAAAUAUAUUCACCAUAAAUCGAAUGUUUUGUGUGCGAGUUCUGGGGUACUGCUUGAGCACCCAAACCGAGACAUGCAGUUUCCUUAGGGGGCAACUCCACGAGCCUUUGACCUAAAGGUCUAAUUUAAAAGUCAUUGAAGCAACGUAGGGAAAUGCAGUCCCAUAGUAUCCAGUGCCUAAGAAUAGGUUCGUAAGCCUUUUGUUCCCUCAGGAUCUUGGAGCCCAUGUGGACCAUUGGUUUAGAGUCAGGGUUUUUCAACUCCCCUAGGUGGUUCCUCCGUAUCAGCCAACUCGGUUAAAGCACUGGACGUUCGGUUUUCGUCCUCUUAAUUUCCCAAGUAACACCCCCGCCACGAGGAAACAGUGAGCAGGACUUCCCUGUCAAUAGCUGUAUACGCGUGACCAUGUGAGAGCAUUUGAAUAGGGAAAGCUGACUUCCCACUCGAACGUACCAGGGAAUUUAGUGGCUCGUGAAAUGAGUGCAAAUGUACGUAGUUCCUGUAUUAUUGUUAUCGUUUCCUUUGCAUCUUAGCUGUAUUUUUGUUUGUGCUAGGUGAUUCAGACGAGAUUUUCAUUUUUGUUCUAGACGUAUUUUGAAGUAACAGUGAUUUACCUAGAUAAGUGUUCUUAAGAUUUGUAUACACCAUAAUAGCGACCAGACAGCAAUUGAAGUGUUGUGUGGUCGACAUCCUGGGUCGUUUUCGCGAUGGAGAUUGGUAAUUUGAGUUUUACUCUUAGUUAUACCUGAUUGUCUAACGUGUCAAAGGAUUCUGCAUUGACUACUACAAAACCAUUUUCAAACCAAUAUAUCACUGUACAAUGCAAUCCCCAGAUUUUAUAGACUUGAAUUCUUGACAGUUUACUUGUAGUCACCCUUGGAUUAUCCAAAAUCAAUGUAUUAGAGCUUAAUUAUCUCGUGUGCGUCAAAGCAAAAACUUGGGUGUGCAUGAACUGUGUCGUUAAUUGUACAAUAAUUAUUCAGCCAUUUUAUAAAAACCUAAUGAUAUAUUUUUAAUACCUAGGUGAAUUAUCGCUUCUUUCUGCCAAUGCUCCUCCGAGAACCUAUGAUGCUGAUUUUAGCUUUCUUAUGUAUAUUCGGUGCUGUAAUUAUUUAUGUCCGCUUGGACUUUUCGAUCUACAAGGAUGAAAAAAAUGAACUUCGCCUUCGAAUACAAACGCUAGUAGAUGAAACUCAAGCCUUGCUAAGAUGUCGUUCUUCUUUGUAUCAAUGUUAUGAAGAUGCCCUGACAAAAUAUAAAGGAUCUAAAGAUAGCGCACAAUUCACAACUGAUCGCCGUAAAUUAGAAGCGGAAUAUAAAAGUCUAAAUCAACAGUUGAUGUCAGUUCAGAAUAAAAUGGGAGAUUUAUAUCCGGACGGAGUAGAUAAAUUGAACGACAUCAACCAUUUGGAUCAACAAUAUCGUGAUCUAGUUCAAGAAGGUAUCCAACUGGCAGAAAAACUCCUCACUGGCAAGUUGACAAAACCACAAUAUCAGUCCUCAAAUGACGAUUUAUGUUCCAAGAAAGCUGAUAUAAUCUACAGGAUAGAUUCAAUAUUAGAAUGCCUCUAGCAGUAACAAAUAUGAUUCAUGUGUAUAAUUUUUUGUGUUGACUUUAUUUUUAGUCCUUAUCUUCGUGUGCGAUUGUGUUUUGUUAAUUUUUUCUACCAUUAAUGUUUUCCACUUAAUAAAAGACAUUGGAU